AUGAUAUCCUCGCUACAACCACAACGGCCUAAAGUAGCCUCCUCCGUCUCCCAUUUCCCACCUCAAUCCCAACCAACUAAACCCGCAAACCAGCAACCCACUCGCUUCAUCUCCGGCAUUCCCCAAGCCCCACGCUGCCAAAUCGAAGCUAUGCCACCCUUCGAUCCAUCAAAGGCAAUAUUAGAUGCGUCGAAAAGGCAUCCGGUAUUCUUUACGGAUCGGUUGGUGAAAGCGCCGAAUGGGGUACUUGGUGGUUGGGUCUCGCCGGUUGCCAAGGGGUUAUGA